AUGGCCUUGGUAUGGAACACCGACAAUGUUUUGGCGCCAAUCGAUGGCAAGGCUGAUGUUAAGAUAGUCUCCAAUACACUCGACACCAGCGACUCUCCCACGUCCAGUCUAACAAGAACAGCUCACUCGGCUUCAACAGCAGUGAUACAGUCAAACUUGGCACCUCCACCCGAUGUCGUCGCUCGUUACGCAUUUGAAAUUCUACCGAUCGCACAAGCUCUUUUCCCGAAGUCUGCCCUAGAACUCCAGGAGCCCAUGACUGUAGGGAAACUUUCGAGGAUACAUCUUCGCCUUCUCAUAUAUGCUUUGAGCAACAACUAUGCGGGCUUACGACCUCAUACGCCCCUGAACAUACUACACGAGUAUAUCAAAGAGCCCAUGACCAUUUGGCUAAAUCAGACGCUGCAACCGGACUUUCGAAUGGGUAGUCACCUGUCGAUGGCACCACUGGCCGAAGGCAUGUUCACUUGUGCUGUUGAGGCGGGGGACGUAGAUGCCGUGGCUCGUCUCUUGUCACCUACGGGACCAGGAUUGGAUGUCAACGUACAUUUUUGCAAUGUGGACGGCGUAAGAUAUACGGCCAUCGAGCGUUCCGCUGGUUUACAGCAUCUAGCACUAACAAAAUUGCUCUUGAAAGUUGGGGCUGAUGUCAACAAAACGCUGAACGGGGCGACACUAACGUCUGGUCGACCUCGCUCGGGUUACUGGAGUGCAUGGGAUACCUUUUAUUCGCGGUCUUCUCUUCCCAAGUUACCCAAGCCAUGUGGAGCUCUUGAAUGCGCGAUUCGGGGAUACAGCAAGGACUCUCAAUUGGGCCAUGAUCUAGUUCUGUUGCUAUCGGAAGCUCGGGCCCUUGUUGGAUCAGAGACAAUGUUUUUGAUGGUCGAUAUUGGCGAGGACGACAUCCUUGAAAUCAUACUAUCCGCGGGUCUCGCGCCAUCUUACGAGUCUUGGAGUUACGCAGGGUUCUUCUUCCAAUUUGCAAAACGAGCUAGUACGCCACUGCUCGACUUGGUCUUACACGAGCUAGUCAAGAACAAAGUGGAUCUUGACGUCGCUCUUGUGUCUGAAGAAGGCGAUAACCACGCCGGCACAUGUUGCCUUUGGGAAGAGGCCGGCUGGCCGCCGUUCUGGAUCGAUAUCUUGGCGCGACGUGGAGAGCUCGACUUGGUGAAGUUGCUUUUCGAGAGCGGGACAAGCCUUACACCAAAUGUGCUGGUUGCUGCUACCAUCGGCCGUCACCCUUGUUUGAUAGCAUAUGUGCUGCAGGCCGGUGCUUUAUCCAGUACCUUCUCGCGGCACUAUCGGACUACAGCUCUGGCGGAAGCAGUACGAUCGCAGGACGAAGGCAUCUAUCAGCUUAUGAGUCGACAGCCAGAUGUUGAUGUUCCGAAUACAGACGAUCAGUGGUGUGCUCUCCUUACUGCCUACGCUGAGGUCGCAGACGAUGCGAUGCUCACCUGCUUGAUUCGGCAAAGAUGCCAUGGGCACGCCAACCAUAGCAGCAUGCUUGGCUAUGCUUUAGUAAUGGCGGCUCGCGCUAAUAACCUACCAGGCGCUAUAUUGCUCCUCGAAGGUGGCGCAUCCACGAGUCACCAGGAAAUCUCCCUAGCCAUGAAUAACGCAGACUGCAAAGUCAAUCACGCUAUUGACCGCUCACAACAAUUAACACUCUCACCACUUGUGUCAGCUUUGCAAUGCCGCAAUAUUGCCCUUAUCGAACAACUACUGGAUCACGGCUGUCCUCUCACAGGCAGCGUCUGCGCAGCGUUCGCAUGGGGUGACAUCGAUAUGAUCAAGACUCUGAUUGCAUCUGGGUUGCCCCAUGUCCUGCACGAUUACGAGUUCAAGUAUGGCAUACUCAAUUCGGCACUGGUACAGGCAGUACAAACCCACCCAGAAUGCGCCCUCCUGACGUUGCAAGCUGGUGCUAUACUUCCACGUGGUAUUAUUCGUGGGAUCAUUGGUCUGGCUGAUAUGCUCCUGGUCAAGGAAUUCUUGGAACAUGGCUCUGUGGUGAUUGAUGCAGACGCUCUUGCAUUUGCACUGAAAACGAGCACGGAAGUGUUCCUGAUUGUACUAGAGGCGGUAUCCGUACGCAGUCCCCAAGAUCUUGGGAUCCUCGGCCAACAUGCCCUCGAUAUCGCGGCGCACAAAAGCCAGUAUGAUAUGGCUGCAAUUCUGCUUGGGCGUGGCGCAGCCCAAGUCCCUUACGACUGGGAAUCAGAUGCUUGGGACAGUUGGGUAGGAGGUACGUGUGGCUCCGCGCUUCUCACUGCCAUAUCUCAAAGGAACUCUCGAAUGGUAGAGAUGCUACUGCGCGCGAGACCUGCAGCAGCAAAUGAAACGGUCGGUUCGCAUCGUGGUCGUAGAACGCCUCUACUCGCCUCACUAGACACAUGCGAUGCCUCUAUGGUUCGAGCACUUAUCAAAUACGGCGCUGACAUCAAUUUCCCAGCCACUCGAGGCAUAAAUCGAACCCCAUUGCAAAGAGCUACUGAGCUUGGCUCAUAUGACCUCGUUUUCCUUCUCUUGCGACAUGGAGCCGACGUCAAUGCAUUGCCAGCUGCACGCAAAGGUGCCACGGCUUUACAAUUGGCUGCAUCCGGUGGAAGUGUAGGCAUAGCAAAACUGUUGCUCGAGCACGGUGCGGUCAUGACAGCUGCAGGAAGCGUAGUGGAUGGCCGGCUCGCCCUCGAGGGUGCCGCUGAGCACGGCCGCUUUGAUAUGGUCGUCUUUCUACUUCGAGAAGGCCAACACAAGGUGCCUCAGAUGCGCAGCGCCAAAGAAUAUGCGCAGGAAGGUGGAUACAGCGCCGUUGUCGAGCUCCUCGAGGAUGCUAUUGAAAAGGUGGAGACCGACACGCUGGCUAGUUGGCCAGGACUAAUGGAGGAGCCGUACUUCGACAAUGCUGUGGUGGCGGACCAAGAGGUUUAUGAAAUGGCAGAAGCUAGUGCUGACGACAUCACGGACAACGAAGCUGAUGAUCUCACCCAGCAGCGCCAUGCCUGCAACAUAUGCGGUGCAUCGCUGAGCAAUGCCUCAGCCCUACGAAGACACGAGCGUAGCCGCCAUCGAGACAUCGUCCAAGGACGUCAAUGGGCGUGUGGACAGUGCGGAAAGACGUGUUGA